UGAAGAUGUUCUAAUUUGCAGCGUUGAGAAUUCAAUUGAGUCCUGGAUCAUGGAUUCAGGUGCGUCGUUUCAUGUUUGCCAUUGCAGGGAUUUGAUGAAAAAUUUCAGGCCCUACAACGGAAGAGUUCGUUUCGCGGAUGACAAAUCCCUGGAGAUCACGGGUAUUGGGGAUGUUGAUCUCAGUACCACUUUGGGUACAACCUGGAGGUUGAAAGAUGUGAGGUAUAUUCCAGACCUGAAGAAGAUGUUGAUCUCAGUGGGACAGCUUGAUGAGGAAGGCCAUAACGUUAGUUUUGGCAACAAGCAAUGGAAAGUGACAAGGGGAAAGCUGAUCAUUGCCCGUGGACAGAAGCAUGGUACACUGUACAUGGUUGAAGUGUCCACAGAUGAAGCAAACGCAGCAGUUGAAGAUACAUUGGUCUCUACUUUGUGGCACCAAAGAAUUGGGCACAUAAGUGAGAACGGAAUGAAGAUGUUGUCUUCAAAGGGCAAAAUCCCAGAUUUGAAGAAUUCAAAGUUGAACUUUUGUGAGCCAUGUGUACUUGGCAAACAAAAGAGAGUAACCUUUGUGAAGACGGGACAAUCACCCAAUACAGAAAGGUUGGAGCUGAUUCAUUCACAUGUCUACGGACCUACAAAGGUUUCUUCAAUUGGAGGUUCCCGCUACUAUGUUACAUUCAUUGAUGACUCUACACGGAAGGUAUGGGUUUAUUUUCUUAAGAAUAAAUCUGAUGUCUUUAACACUUUUAAGAAGUUCAAAGCUACAGUUGAGAAUGAAACAAAUCUCAAGAUUAAGUGUUUAAAGAGUGAUAAUGGGGGUGAGUACAGUAGCACAGAGUUUGUAGAGUAUUGUGCUGAACAGGGGAUCAGAAUGCUGAAGACGGUUCCAGAAACACCACAACAAAAUGGUGUUGCAGAGAGAAUGAACAGAACACUGAAUGAGAGGGCCAGGAGCAUGAGAUUGCAUGCAGGACUCCCAAAGAUGUUCUGGGCCGAUGCGGUGAACACAGCAGCAUACUUGAUCAACAGAGGACCCUCAUCUCCCAUAGGUUUCAAAAUUCCAGAAGAGGAAUGGAAAGGUCGAGAGGUAUCUCUUACUCACUUGAAAGUUUUUGGUUGUAUUUCUUAUGUCAAAGUUAAAGAUGCAGAUAGUGACAAGCUCGAGGAAAAGGCAAAGAAAUGUAUCUUUAUUUGGUACGGGUUGGAUGACAUGGGCUACAGGUUCUGGGACAACCACAGCAAGAAGGUUAUCAGAAGUAGAGAUGUCACCUUCAACGAGAAUGCCCUGUAUAAAGAUGGUCUUGCAGCAGAAACUAGCAAAGCCAAGCAACCAGAAAACAAACAACAAGUGGUGUUUGACGGGAUGACUGAAGAUGACAUAGCACAACCUGUUGGUUGUGAUGAGAUGACUGGACGCUCAGGGAGCAGUGGGAGCUCAGGAGAUACAGGAAUUUCUGAAGAUAGUGGGAGUUCAGAGGCAGCUACUCUACACAUUAGACAGUCCACUAGAAACAGAAGACCUCCUAACAGAUAUUCUCCUUAAGCAAAUUACAUGUUGCUGACCGAGAAUGGAGAGCCAGAAUCUUACUCAGAGGCACUGACCGUGAAAGAUUCCAUACAGUGGAAGAAGGCCAUGGAGGAUGAGUUAGAUUCACUUGACAAGAACCAAACUUGGUCCUUAGUCAACCUACCACCGACAAGAACCAAACUUGGUAUCUAACAUCAAAGAAAAUGCCAAACCCAUGUCUAAAAGCUUGGAAAGGGAAGAGGGGAAAUCAUUGAGGAGUAUACUCCUAUGGUGGAACUUAACCUAUUAGCCUUGACCAUCAUCCCACCCACCAAUGAGAAGACUACAUCUCGGGAAGAGGAAAAAGAGCUUGAAGAGGAACUUGCAAAACUAAUCCAGCCCACACAUAAUAAAGAAGUGGGCACACCUAACACCAAUAAGGAAGUUGUCCGAGAUGAUAAACAAGAGGGUGGAUGAAGAAUAUAUCAUGGAAAAUUUGGAUGCCAUAGUCAUUAAUGAUAUCCGUGAGGGGUACCAUGACGAUGUAGUGUUCAAAGUUGAUUUUAAAGAGGGGAAGCCACCAGACCUAUAUACAACUCACAUGAAUGACUUGGGGCCGAAUACUAAACUAGUUAGACUUGACAACUGUUUAUCCGUGACCUAUGAGUUGGACAAACUGGGAUAACAUUCAACAAAGCAUCUCUUGAAAAUCUGCUCGGGGUCAUCAUACGAGAGGAUAGGUAUGCCUUUGACUCUUUUUAUGCGUAAUAUUCACCAUCUUUUCCUAGGUAGGUACUUCGGUGAUAAUGUGCUACAAGGAAACACUUGGAAAAGAAGGCCGUGGAAUGGAACAAAGAAGAAGAAGGUGGAUGAUGGAGGCACCCCCAACCAUUUAAUGAUCAUUACGACUUGGAAUAUUAGAGGCCUUAACAAGGUCUCCAAACAAACUUCUAUCUUUAAUUUUAUUCGUGUUCAUAAUGUACAUAUAUGUUGUUUACUUGAAACUAAGAUGUCUACCCCUAAUUUCGAUAAGCUUAGAAUGUGUAGAUGGCCUCUUUGGUCUUUGAUAUUCAUGUAAUUUCCAAUUGUAUAUUUGUAUUUUUAACUAGUUUUUAUUAGUUCUAGUUGUGAAAAUUACACACUUUUGGUGUAAUACUUUAUUUUCAUUUUUUAUUUGUAAUUUAGUUAGAUUAGGAUUUUUCUGAGCUAAACAGGUCAAAGAUCAUCUAAGGGAUCAAGAUUGGACCUUAAAAGAUCAAGGAAAGUGCAAGGAGACAAGAAAGAUUUCGAUUUGGAAAAAAUACUCAUGUACCCGGUCGGGUAUUGCCUAUACCCGAUCGGGUAAUUGCUUGAUUCGAUUGUCCAAAUCAAAUCCGAAGACAAAUGAUCGUGGGAGCAAAUUUUCAUAAAGAUUUGUCACAUACCCGAUCGGGUAUAUACCCUUACCCGAUCGGGUAUGCCCAGAAAAAUCACUUUCUGGGCAAUUUCCUGAGAUACCCGGUCGGGUAUCCUAUAUACCCGGUCGGGUAUCAGACCCUGCAGCUCCCAAAAGCCUAUAAAUACACCCCUUUCCUUCACAAUAAAAUCACCAAUU